GUUACAUUUCCCUAGGUUGUCCAUGUUUAACUCUAGUCUUUGAACUAAAGUUAAAUACCAGAAUAAAAUCCCUACACAGAGUCUGCAGGCAUGUGUUGGGGUGGUGUGCAUAUUCCAAGGCCAGGCUUCCACCUAUUCCUUUGAGGCAGGUUCUCUUUCUGAAUCUGGGCUCAUGUUUUCUAAGCUGUCAGAAGCCAGCAAAGCCCCAGUGCUACCCACUGGAGCUGGGGUUACAGGCAUGUGUCAGAGGAUUAGCUUGUUAUAUAGAUGCUGGAAUUUUAACUCACAAUUGCACAGCAAAUACUCUUAACCAACGGAGAUCUCUAGCUCCUCACCUACCCUAUCCCACCUUUCCCCCACCCCCCCAAGACAGGGUUUCUCUGUAGCCUUGACUAUCCUGGACUCACUGUAGACCAGGCUGACCUUGAACUCAUAGAGAUCCAUGCACCACCACCACCCAGCUGCCCUACCUCUUUUUAAAAAUGUUUUGCUAUGUGCUCUGUGUUGGCUUUGAGUUCUCCAACUUGUAGCAAUCCUACCUCAGCCCCACCUAUUGAGGGAAUACAGAUGUGAGGUACCACGUUGGAACUGGUACGUUCCAAUCAGUGCUUUGAAGAGAACCAGGAACCUACAGGGGAGCCCUCUAAUUGUCCAUUGGAGGACUCUGCUUGCAGCAAGAGUCCUCCAGUGACUCUUGAGAGGAGGUGUCAUGGCUAGUACUGGCCACUAGAGGCUCUCAGGGCUGGGCAAGGUAUGGGGUCGGUGUAUAUGUGAUCUCCCACCACUCCCCACCUGGCCGGAGCUAAAAUAAUAAAAUGCUGAGCUCACUGUUCCCCCACUCUCUGCCCCGGCACCAGACUCCUCCUGCUGACCAGACAGUGUCCUAGUAGAACAGACGGACCAUCUGACAAGGGGAGGUGAGAGGUGCUCACUAGGACUGGUAGGUGGGAAGAGAGGGGUCUUUGGGGUGAGAACCUGGUGGGAGAUGGGAAGAGCGGCCUGGGGAAAGUGAGCUGUGUCCGUGCCUCUGUCAUUCCGUGUACGUUUUGUCUUGACGCUGUAUGGCUUAUGUUGUCAGUGUCUCACAUUCAGGAUCAUCUUCCAUAUUAAGCAUGAUGUAUAUUUAGGGGUCGAGUGCAUUUUUCACACUAAAAGAUUGUGUAAAUUUAAUCAUCCCACUACCCCAUUUAAAAGACAUUUUCCCCAGUGUUGUAGUGUCACCUUUCCGGUGACAGAUUAUGGGAACUAGACGCCUUCUGAGGCCAUGCUGCCCUUCCCCCAAUCUGGAAGCGCCUCAGUUUCUAAGCCUUACUUUCCCUUAUGAUUCAGAAUGUUAGCAAACACAGAAAGUGAGAUCUCAGUCCUCUACAGUAAAGGAGGAAAUGAGGGUGGCAUAAGAGGCCACCACUGUAACCCAGCCAAUCUUCCUUGCUUAACCAGUUUCAAAAAAGGCCUGGGUAAUGGGGAAGAGAGGAUGACUUUCCCUGAAGCUGUUACCCCCUCCCACUUUGCAGUAGGAACUGGGCAUGGAGCCAGCUAUGCUGGCAGGGCCUCCAGCAGCUGUGUUAGAGCAAGAGACUCUGCGGGUAAGGUUGUCCGGGGAGGGUGCUGCCAGGAUUUCUCUAUCACACAGUGGGUGGACAGACCCAGCCUGGAGCCUAGAAUCCCCAUCUAGAAUGGCUGGAAAGUGCUGGGACCAGGAGGGAAAGUUAUUUCAACCAUGACCAAUCUGAUUUCCCCAUCCCAGGUAGACUCUAGCCUCCAAGGUAUACAGUUCAGUGUUCUAACUAUGGCUGGACUUUUUUAUGUCCUCAGUGUCUAUGUCCAACAGCUUUUCCCAUAUCCCCCAGGCUGUGAGUGUCACACUGUGGGGAGGGGGUAGGGGCCGCCAUGUCAUCGUAUCAGAAGGAACUGGAGAAAUACAGAGACAUCGAUGAAGAUGAGAUCCUAAGAACCUUGAGCCCCGAGGAGCUAGAACAGCUGGACUGCGAGCUCCAAGAAAUGGACCCUGAGAACAUGCUCCUGCCAGCUGGACUAAGACAACGUGACCAGACAAAGAAGAGUCCAACAGGGCCGCUAGACAGAGAUGCCCUAUUGCAGUACCUGGAGCAACAGGCCCUAGAAGUCAAAGAGCGUGACGACCUUGUGCCCUUCACUGGCGAGAAGAAGGGAAAACCUUAUAUUCAGCCCAAGAGAGAAAUCCCAGCACAGGAACAGAUUACACUGGAGCCUGAACUGGAGGAGGCACUGUCCCAUGCUACAGAUGCCGAAAUGUGUGACAUUGCAGCCAUCCUGGGCAUGUACACACUGAUGAGCAACAAGCAAUACUACGAUGCCAUUUGCAGUGGAGAGAUCUGCAACACAGAAGGCAUUAGCAGUGUGGUACAGCCUGACAAGUAUAAGCCAGUUCCGGAUGAACCCCCCAAUCCCACAAACAUCGAGGAGAUACUAAAGAGGGUGCGUAGCAAUGACAAAGAGCUGGAGGAGGUGAACCUCAAUAAUAUACAGGACAUCCCGAUACCUGUGCUAAGUGAGUUGUGUGAAGCAAUGAAGACAAACACCUAUGUUCGGAGCUUCAGUCUGGUGGCUACAAAGAGUGGUGACCCCAUCGCCAAUGCUGUGGCUGGCAUGCUGCGUGAGAACCGCAGUCUCCAGAGCCUGAACAUUGAGUCCAACUUCAUCAGCAGCACAGGGCUCCUGGCUGUGCUAAAGGCAGUUCGGGAAAACGCCACUCUCACUGAACUCCGUGUAGAUAACCAGCGCCAGUGGCCUGGUGAUGCAGUAGAGAUGGAAAUGGCCACCGUGCUAGAGCAGUGUCCCUCGAUUGUCCGCUUUGGGUACCACUUUACACAACAAGGGCCACGAGCUCGGGCAGCCCAGGCCAUGACGCGGAACAAUGAGCUGCGUCGUCAACAAAAGAAGAGAUAACAUCACCCUUUCUUUUACCAACCAGAGAGGAGAGCUCUAGGCACCUAAAUCCUCAUCUCUCUCCCCAUUCCUGUA